AUGAAUGUGAACUUACGCGAGUUCCUUGCAAAUGACGGCAGUGUGCAGGAAAAAUUCCCAAACGAAAUCCGCGCUAGCAAAGCAACUCAGAAAGUUCUGGGAAUCCCUUGGGACGCCAAUAACGAUACAAUGUCAAUAGAGUGCAAGUUUAUAGAUACACCAAAAAUCACAAAAAGAGCCAUUGCUCGCCAAAUUGCCUCCAUAUACGAUCCUUUGGGGUGGUUAGUUCCAUUGCUUAUCCCGCAUAAGUGUUUCCAACAAGAGUUAUGGCUAGAAGGCUAUACAUGGGAUCAAGAACUAUCGUUCCAGCUUUGCGAACAAUGGGAAACGAUGAGACAAAAUGCCAAUGAGUUCCAAAAGACCUUGAAACGUGAGAUAUUAGUGAAGGCGCCUACCAACAUAGCGGUCUUUGCUGAUGCAAGCGGUCAUGCCAUGGCUGCAUGUGCUUACAUUAUCUCCGAAUAA